AUGGCGAAGGGCCUGGAUGAUUUGAUCGAGUUUCUGCUCGAGGAAAUUGCAGUCAGUGGUAGUCAAGGCCUCUCCAUUAGUGACAUCGCUCAGUCCAUCUCGUCAUUCUACGACAAACCGCAAGAUGACUCGGGAUCCAAUGUGCCCACCGAGGGCGUUGAUGCUAUAUCAGCAGUCACGGUUGACCGGCCUCUACUUGCCAAGGUCUGGUCAUGGCUAGGCCGGCAUCCUGAUGUCUCUAUCGGUGACGAUAGACGGUACAACGAGACAUCGUUGGCCGAGAUAGAGCUCCAAUUUCCGCACUACCUCAACCUCGCUGCCGGACACAAGCAAAGAUCCGCUGAGGAUGAUGCUGCGUCGGACGGGUCAACCCAGCCUAGAGCAACACCCAAGAAUCGACCAAGGCCCGGAAGAGCUCGUGCUGUUGAAGGACCACGAAUCUCUGUUAACGAGGCUCGGGUCUAUGAGGCUAUAUGUGGUCAUCCCCCGGACAUUAGCAAGGUUGUGCCUCUUGAGUUCGAGCUCUUGUCUCAUAUUGCUGCUGCGAGAUCAACUGGGAUUUUACAAGGAGACCUUGUGAGAGCGUCUGGGCAGGACAAGCGCUCUGUUCCAAAGCGGACGGAUGCUUUGCAAAGCAAGGGCUACAUAGCCAAGGAAAUCGUCUUUCGCCACGGUAAUCGGACAAGCCGACUCACCCUGAAAAAGUUCGCCCACCACAAUGCAGCCGACGCCGAGCCGUUCCACAAGCUUCAUAGCCUCCCGCAACAUGGAUCGACAUUGCGAGAUGUUGUCCGCAGAAUCUUCGAUGUGUUGGAAGAACACAACCUUAUAUCUCAGACAAGACUGGCGGAAGAAUUGAGUCUAGGAUCGUCGGCAGAGUCGGCCAUCCUUUCUAAGAUUAUUCGUCGGCUCGAGAAGCUGAAGUGCAUCAAGAGAGUUCGAACUGCUGUAGGUCCUUCUGCGACAUCUGACGACCUGCGACACUUCGUUCAGCUUUUGCAUCGUGCCGACGCAGUAGACCUGGAGAAUUUCGACACAGAAAAGCUGUCUUUGAGCCAAACAGUUGAGGAAUUGGCAUCUUCCGAGCCAGAGGAUCGGAAUAACCAAAGUGCGUCACAUUUUGCGGCCGAGGAGGAAAAUGAAGAGGCCUCAGAAGCUGUGUACAAACCUGCCAGAUGGAACCCUGAUCGCUUAAUGCCUAAUAUUCUCGUUGAUGCGGUCCGACUUGCAGGUCUGGAGGGUCUGACAAAUUUGAAUGCACGUAUAAUGACUACUGGCGAUUUUGUGCGUCGUCAAUUAGAGUCUCUGUUGCUCCGAUUAUCAUGCGAGUCACUCAUCAUUCAGCCACAGCAUUUGCGACACCUGGCCAUUGUCCGAACCACUGUGAGACACGAUGGGGUCAUCCAGUAUGUUCACUUCUCAUGGGAUGUCUUUCGGAAGAAAGCGGCAGACCAACGUCUCGACGUUUCUGAAAUCCCGGGUGCUCAUCAAAUUAUGAAGAGGCUCGCAGAAAAGGAGGCCGUCUCUGAUGAUCACGAGACUUCCCUAUCUCAUGCUCAUGUUGACGAGUUGGGUUUUCCAAUACAAGCUCCGUUGGCCCUACAGCUACGACAUGGCGAGGCCACCUUUUACGAUCUGAUAAAAGCAGCCGCCCCUGGAGAUGUCCAAAAACGCCUUGGAGAGCCUGCCAUUGUCAAGCAGGGGACGAAAAUAGCUAUGAAGAUACGUGAUGAGUUGCCAGUCUCGUCCAGCACGAAGAAUGGCACACCUCGUCGUCUGCCCCGUCCGCCGCGCCAGCCGACACGGCGACCGCCAAAACGUCGCAGAGACUCAGAUGACGAGGAGAAAACAGUCAUUGGUCGUCCUCGCAAAUAUAUGCGGGGCACAGAAAAGUUCUGGCGGAUGCAAUUCAAGCAGGCUAGAUUAGAUGCAGGCGCGGAUCCUAACGAUCUUAGAAAAGGAGCAGCACAAGAUCCCUCAGCCAUUGCUCUGUACGCCCGGCGUCCGGCAGAUUUCGACAAGACUCUGGUUCAGGCAUUGGAGGCUGGGUUGCCAGUCCCGAUGCUCCCAGAAGACAUCAACGACGAUUGGAUCCGUUCAAUAAGAGCAAUUUUUGAUCGCUCUCUUGAGGGUAUCUAUAUGUCUCCCAAAGGGCUGCGCUCUGACAACAGCCAGAGGUUAGCCCAAAUCAUGAUCGUGAAAACUCCACGGUUGACAUCAGUCGACUUCAGCGACAGGACCAUCGUCCACCCGUUUCGAUUCAUCUCAUCCAGUGCAUCACACAGCUUUAUGUUCAGAAGGUACUACCCCGACCUCCCAACCAUGCAUCCAUCAGCACUACGUACUCUAAGGAAAUCGAAGCGCCAGAGUGAAAUCGGACCCAGCAAGCGCGAAGAAAAGAGGAAACAAGGGCCCAGGUUAGGCAUCUUCUAUGAAGACCCGGGCCUUCCGACAGCACUGCCUUCUCAGCUUCCAAACCCAGCUGAUAUUCAACUUUCAGUGAAUGUGCUUAUGGACACAACUGAUGAAGAAAACGGACCUCCUUCUGAAGGCGCUUUGGGCACGAGAACCUCGUCUCGUGUAUCAAUAGAUGGGACCAUCCUUUCUGACGAUACAAGAAUAGAAAAUGGUGAAGCCAGCAAGGGCUCGCAGUGGCGGAUUCAAGAACGAGACGCCAGCGCGGAAACACCAACCGCUCCCAAUUCGAAGCCUGAAAUCACCGAGCCACGCCGUGCCAGAUCUGCCAGAAACCGGAAGUUGACCCGGAAAGCAAUGGAAUUGUUGCAAUCGGAUCAGACCCGAAAUGUGCGUGUCUUUUCUGAAUCUCGAGAGACUCCAUCCGAGGUGUUUGCCGCGGAUUCUGAACUUCAAAAUCAGAUGUCCUUGCACCGAGCAUCCGAAGUAUCCAGCGCAGAGGCACCGUCACAUUCUAGUAGCCACUCACCCAUGAAGGAGCACUCCACAGGUAUUUCAUACCUAAAUGUGGACGAAACUCGAACUGCUCAUUACACGCAACCCUCUGUUUCCAGUGACAAACACAUGAUUAUUGAUGUCAAUCCUAGUGUCGGCGAGACAGAAGCAACGAGAACCUUAUCGGUUGAAAGAGAGCAGCCUGAGUACCCGGUAUCAGCGAGAUUCUUAGAGGGUAUCACCGAAGCUGCGGCAUCUAAAAGCCCUUCUUUGAGUGAACAGCUGCCAGAGAACAAUCACUCAGCAGAAGGGCAGGACAAUUUCUCUCAAAAAAGGUCCUUUCCGUCGAAAGCCGCUACCAGAAAACGUUUGUCAACCCCAACAAGAGCAAGAACGGCGUCUGUUGAAGCAGGGAACGCCGAAGACGAAUCGCAGCCAAAGAAUCGACAGAGUCAGGGGAAGCAACGCUAUUUCGAGGGCGCUAAUGCUCUUUUCCGGAGAAUCAUUCUCCAACUGAUUCAAGAGACAUCAGGGGUCGUGCCAAACGAUGCUUCAAUGUUCAAACGUGUUGCGUUGCCUCGCUGGCAAGAGGCCGGAGGGGAAGGUCGACCCCUGCUGAAAACCAUUAAGACAGCGAUCAAGUCCUUGAAUGAGUCUCGAAGACUAAAACAGGUCAUGUUCACGUUUCGAGGAAAGUCUGGAAUCAUGGUUACGCGCUCGGUCAUCUUCUUACCGCACAUUGACCCUUUGUCUCAAGCCGUCGAGGAAGUGAAGCAGAAUAUUAUCAAUGCGGAACCCACUGAUUACAUACCCCCUGAGUGGAGGGAUGAAGGCUACCGCAUUCCCCUCGUCAAUAAAAGGGCUCCGAGCAGAACGCCUGAUGUUGAAGAAGAACCACCGAGGAGUCGACGUGCAUCAUCGGCUGUGUCGAAAAGAAGAAUCGCCUCCACAAGCAGUAGGGGUGAGAGAAGCCGCACAAAAACAACCGAGUCUUCUCCGUCACCAAUGACAGAGACUCCGGCUGGCAGUUUUCUUACACUCAGAGUUCCAGCGUUGGGUUCGCUUCCAAUUGUGCAUCUCCACAACUGGAGGAAGGAGUGCCCCGUGAGUGCAUUGCGCUCCGACACAUCCGAUGCCAAUCCUUGGAAGGCUGGCGCAUUUCGACCCAUUCGGCGGCGACGAAGGUUUGAACAGCAAGGUUCCCAGGCAGCUGGAAGGUCAAUAAUAUGGCGAAAUUUCCCUUCCUCGUUGGAAGAUAUUCUACAACUUCCUGAUCUUAGAUUGGACUAUGAUGCCUUUCAAGCCGACGAUGCUGACUGGCAACGCUUUGCCUGCGAGAUUGAGGGAGUUCGUGCGUGGGAAGAACAAGAGCCUGGCGCGGCUCUAUCGAAACGAUCUAGGUUCGCUUUCAUCAAUCAUUCGGUCCCAGCUGCCCUAUAUGCGGGCUCGGUUUUUCCACUGGCAAUCGAAUUUAGCAGCCUUGUACAGUUCGAUGAGGAUGGAAGCGAGCUCGAGGUUGCUUAUCCGCCUGCCGAAACAUGGGCAGCAUUUGCGAACGCCCUGCAAGCAUCUUCCAGUGUCACCUCCCGAAUCGUAGCAGUGGACGAAGCAAAUUUACAUUCGAUGCGACCACUUUCCCCAGGACUUGGACCUCGACGAUCAAAAAGGCCGUCUAAGCGCAGAUUGUCGGAAGAUGACCAUGGGUUCAUCCCUCUACCUCCCUCGAAACGCCGCAGAAGGGCGAGACGGGUUUCCGACACAACACCAUCGAGGCGUACGGGAAUCUCGGCCUUUGGCAAUACAACCCGAAAGCUUCCCAAGAGUGCCAAAUGGCUGCAGACGAUGCCAGAGGAGAUGAUAUACCGAAUCGCAGUUGCCGUCAUCGUUGUUCGGACGCUAGCAGGCGGAAUGCAAAGUUUCAUCAACUGGCAUAUUGUCAUGACGCUCUUCCCUGAUCAAAAGGAAGAAGUUAUCAAAGCCCGCUGGAAUACGUUAUCAACCAGAUACAGUUCUGAUAUACAAAAUCUCACAGAGGACCUGCAAUCAAGGUACUUGGAAGCGCUACAAGCGGGCGAGGUAGCGUCGGUCGGCUUUGAUGUUAUCGAAGCCACGGACUGGGGCGCCAUUGUGGACUGGGCCUUAGAGAGCGUUGACCGUUUCAAUCUGAAGCGGAUUGCACACCUUCCAGCCAACCGGGGCGAGUUGCUGGAUAGCUAUGCCUUAGAAUUCACCCAACCCAGAUACUUCCACAAUACCGUGUGGAACAACAGUACAACGAACGUUAAAGAAGAUGCCGCAAGGUCGACAGUUUUCGCCACACAUGCUAAUUCUACAAUGCAAUCCGCCAUCCUUCGCCAUCAACAUGGCUUCGAACUCGAGAUGGCCAAGCCAGCCCUUCGUGUCGCUAAGUCAUGGGUGCUCGCGACCGUUUUCACUCCCGAAUCGGUGUUCAAUGCAGAAUUGGCGCAGGCCAAACUCUCCACCCUUGCCCUAAACCCGGUAGAAUGCGAUGCACUCCUCUCACGUGCGUUGAAAUUGCUUCAAGAUGAGAAGAUCAUUCAACGCAAACUCAAUGCUCACCAACUGGAGCAAGGAUUGCAUCGUGUGCGCACCUGGGAAGCUCACCGCAAGUUCCUCCACCAGUUUGAGGAGCGGGGCAUGGUCACUCCGGAUGUGCUCCGUUGUGCCGCCAAAUACAAAUUGGAAGUUCUUGACCACGAGUUCGCGAGGGGGAAUAGUGUCCCGAUCGAGAAAGAAGAACUUGUCCCAGACGGUAAGAUGGUGGCAGUGUUGAACCUGAUGGCAUCAGGACGCGUCAGGGUCCGACCAGGCGCAGACGUGCCAAAGACUCGCUAUGGCUUGGAUCACGAACGUGUAGGCUAUCGGACCAAAGACCUGGACAAGAAGUUGUUGGGUUUCGGGAUCGAGCUCACACCGACAAAGGAAUAUCCGUCUGGGGAUCCCUGGUCGGGCGCGUUGGGAAUACGCCAGCUCCCCAUCCCGCGUGGACAGGCAGAUGAGCCGAUGGGGCCAAUCCCUAUAUGGGUUGACAUUCAUGGAAACGUGCAAGCGGCACUCUGGUACACGUUUCUUGUCGGCGUGAUCGGGCUCGUCUCGCAAAUGCCGGGUGUGUCCGCCUCGCAGAUCUCAAGGACUUUUGGAUUUGGGCUUGAUGAAGCUGAAGUUGAACUCAUCAUGCAGUGGUGUGUACAGUCUGGGUUUGCAAAGAUGGAUACUAGCUCGAAGGGAUAUGAGACGUUGGAGUGGUGGUGGCUCUGUGUUGACGAGGCUAGAGCAUAA